GAUAGAAUUGAACGCUCCUUUCAUUUGUUAAUUUCUCUAUAAUCAGAACUGUUCAACUUGAGUUGCUAACAAACACAAAUCUCAACCAUGUAAUUUUUAAGAAAAACAAGCUGGUUAACCGGCCAGCUCCCACGAGUUGAGUUUCGUUAUAAAUUUAUGAGUUGCUACGAGUAUUUUUAACCUUUUCCAAUUAUGGUUUGGAAAUAUUCCAGCAACUUACUAUCGAAAUUUAACUUUUGUGACACAUCACUCUCUUUUUUUCGCCUAAACGAUACCACUCUGGCACUAUAUACACCACGCAUAAUAUAAGCCUCGACAAUGGCUGUGGCGUGGUACCAACACCAUAUUUGCCACACCGUUGAUUUUUGGAAAAACUAUUAGAGGUUUAUUUUUAAAAUUUCUAUUAGAAGGUUCACUUUUUUUAAAAAAAAUAUAUCCUUAUUGCAUAAGUGACGUUAGAUUGAUGUAUCAGUUCAGGAUUGAAGCUACCAUUUGAGUGGUUUCUGACAAUUUCCUAUAUCUAGCACCAUGAUCAGAUAUCUAACAAACGCUACUGAAUCCCAUUUUGAGUUCAUGAAUAUUCAAACUGAUGGAGAUGAUGACUAAAAAGUGGCCAGUAAUUACAGUGUCAUUGUCUGUCUUAAAUCUUAAUUGGUCCUGGUCAUUGCAUGAACCAGCUAUAGCCCCUAUAUAAUCACUAUUCACUACCACCGAUCGUGUGAUCUUGAGGAAGAACAUAAUCACGGUAGCUAAUCCUUCCCUGUCGAAGUAACCAUGGGAAGGCCAGUGGCAACACUGUUCGUGCUGUGCUUCAUCUCUGUGACGGCGUGCUCGCUCUCGGAGCAGGCCACGCGCGGCCGCCUCCUCGCCGGCGUCGACGCGACACCGCCGGCGGCCGGAGGCGCAGUGGCCGUGCCCAUCUACCUGUCGUCCCAGGGGCUCUACGUCGCCAACUUCACCAUCGGCACGCCGCCGCAGCCCGUGUCGGCGGUCGUCGACCUCACCGGCGAGCUCGUCUGGACGCAGUGCACGCCGUGCCAGCCCUGCUUCGAGCAGGACCUGCCGCUGUUCGACCCGACCAAGUCGUCCACCUUCCGUGGGCUGCCGUGCGGCUCCCACCUCUGCGAGUCCAUCCCGGAGAGCAGCCGCAACUGCACCAGCGACGUGUGCAUCUACGAGGCGCCCACCAAGGCCGGCGACACGGGCGGCAAGGCCGGCACCGACACCUUCGCCAUCGGGGCGGCCAAGGAGACCCUCGGCUUCGGCUGCGUCGUGAUGACUGACAAACGCCUCAAGACCAUAGGCGGGCCCUCUGGGAUCGUCGGGCUAGGGAGGACGCCGUGGUCGCUCGUCACCCAGAUGAACGUCACGGCGUUCUCAUACUGCCUGGCCGGGAAGAGCAGCGGCGCGCUGUUCCUCGGCGCCACCGCGAAGCAGCUCGCCGGCGGCAAGAACAGCUCGACGCCGUUCGUCAUCAAGACCUCAGCUGGCUCUUCCGACAACGGCUCGAACCCGUACUACAUGGUCAAGCUGGCAGGGAUAAAAACCGGCGGCGCGCCGCUCCAGGCAGCGUCGAGCAGCGGCAGCACCGUCCUGCUCGACACCGUCUCGCGGGCGAGCUACCUGGCGGACGGCGCGUACAAGGCCCUGAAGAAGGCGCUGACGGCCGCCGUCGGCGUUCAGCCGGUGGCUUCGCCGCCGAAGCCUUACGACCUCUGCUUCCCGAAAGCAGUGGCUGGAGAUGCGCCGGAACUCGUGUUCACGUUCGACGGCGGCGCGGCAUUAACCGUGCCGCCGGCGAACUAUCUGCUCGCCAGUGGGAACGGCACGGUGUGCCUGACGAUCGGGAGCUCGGCAAGUCUCAACUUGACCGGUGAGCUUGAAGGAGCGAGCAUCUUGGGAAGCUUGCAGCAGGAGAACGUCCAUGUCCUCUUCGACCUCAAGGAGGAGACCCUCUCCUUCAAGCCUGCAGACUGCAGCUCCCUCACCUGA